UCAGUCAACCCACCCACCCACUCUAGCUCGGAAGUGGCAACCGCAUGCAUACCGGUAGACUGCAGUACUAAAAUGACACUAGGAACCUGUCUCCGCAUGGAGAUACAGGUGACAGGACAGUUUGGGUCUUCGCUAGCUGUACGGUACUAGCUAGCAGUCUGGUGUUGUCCUUGUGGUUGGAUGCAAUCCCUAAUCCUAAUGUUGGUUGGAGAUAAGCCUUCUUCACGCGUUGAGUUUGUGGGUUCCGGCAAUCCGGCUUCACACACUUCCUUGGGGAAAGCCAUUGACUUGGUAGCUAUCCAGCCAGAGUACUCAGUACUACUAGCUAGAAUGCAACAAAGAAGAAGAUGACUAGUAGGAGAAGUAGUAACAACACUAGUAGUAGCAAUAGUGGCGACCCCAUCCUUGGUCUGGACGUUUGUGGCAAGGUGUACUACUGUCAUCGAUCGACGCUAGUCCAAAACAGUCCCUAUUUUGCCACUCGCUUUCAAGGCAACUUCGACUCGGAUGUGUCCUAUGUGGACGAACGAGGCCGAAAUGUCUACUUUGUGGAACGCUGUCCUCUCAGUUUCCCCCACAUUUUCCGUCACCUGCUGAAUCCCAGUGCGGGUUAUCCAAGUUUCGACAAGGAUCCUCAUCUGGUUCGUCAAUUGCGAGAAGAAGCAGACUUUUUUGGAUUGGCCCAUCUCAGUCAAGCCCUCAUGGUCACACGAAGCUUUUCCCCGUUGGAUGGCAAUCGUGGUGUCUUGUACUGGUUGGGGUGCCAAAAGGGAAUAACCACGCAAUACGAAAACCCCUACCUGACGGGUGCCGUUCAUGUGGGUGGAUGGGUCGAUGAUCCUGUCAAAUAUCAGCAGAAACCCAUGUUCGAAAUGGCCAGGAGUGCUUCUUGCCGGGCCAAUUUCGUGCAAUACCAACAACCCGUCACCAUUCUCAAUCGGGGCGUCCAUGCUAGAACGUCCAUUGAAUCGUAUAGCUACUUGUUGUGGUGCGAUCACGGGAUGGAACGAUUGCCCGUCACCAUUGAUUUAAAAAGCGUAUUACUACGGCCUACACACUACUCGCUCCGAGUCUCGCAAUGCUACGGGAUGCAAGGAGAUUGGAAUUUUGAAGCCUCCCAGGAUGGAACCGUCUGGGAUGUUCUGCAUGCGGCUCGUGGGGACGCGCGCUUGUGUCUGUCCGAAUCUUCGGAUAUCAUUACCAAACUCGAAAAGUCUUUGCCAUCACCGGCAGCCGGUCUUUCCGAACGGGAACAGCAACAACGAUCGGAAGCGCUUUUGCGAUUGAUUGAACAGGAUUAUCGGCAUACGUGGGAACUUGCGCCGGUUGUCACACAAUUUUAUCGAUACUUUCGUAUCAUUGGAGCCGGCUCUGAAAACGAUAUCCGAGACAAUUGCCUACACGGUGAGGGACUGGAGCUGUUUGGUGAUGUUUACGAGGAUUAGGUGGAUGGCUGGCUACGGUUGCUGGCUAUAGUUGCUGGAUGUUUGAGAAGAAAGGAAAUGACUUUUCUUGCCAGCGUUUGCAUCGGGAAGGGAAAUGUCGACAAUGUCAACAACCCACUCCUCCUGAUUGGUUUACCUGUCACCGUCACCGAAACACUGUCAAAAACAGAGGCAUAAACAUGGGUUCUCUCGCUAUACCAACGGUUGGUAUUCCAGUGGAAUCGAAACUCACCGUCAACUGCAUUCGUGAGGACCUAAUUCACAUGUGUACGAUUCCACUUCAUAGUGUCAAGUCAGGACUCUAUCUGACUGUUAAAGCGGCCAGGAUUCUGUGCUUUAGAAGCAUAAGAAGGCUACCAGAGCACCUGUAAUGAUGAGUACUAUUGUGGUGCUUUGUGCACUUAUGCUGUUACCAUCAUCGCUAGGUGCAUGUAGCUGGCAAGCUAGGCCUCGCCUGCAAUUGCUCGAUUGAGUUUCUUGUUGGAAGCGUCCAUGCAACAGAUUGAUGGCGUGCAACCAAGUUAUGGAACAUGAAUGCCCAAAUCCUUCUGUCCUCAUUGACCAAUUUGCUGCCAAUGCUUCCUUUCAACAAAGGGGCCUAAUCCACCACUUCCCCAUGCUGCUUUCAGUGCAAGGAAGACGACCAACCACAUCCUACAUCCAUGGACUGACCUGCUUUAUUGGGAUAACUUAAGUACAAAAUAGCAUCCUCGUCGGUAUCAAGAAC